GGGAGGAGGGAUUAAUUUAUAUAUACAUAUAAAUAUAAAGAAAAGAAGAAAAAGAAGAAGGGUGGAGAGGAAGUGGAGAGUGUGCUGUUUGGUAGUUAGGUGUAGUCCGUAGUAAUUAGUCGUAGUAGUUUGUAGUAAUAUAGGGGUGGUAGUAGUAGAUGCGCGAACGCGCGCGCGUGCACAACCCCCAAAAGAAAGGAAAAGUUCGCGCGCCAACGCAACUAUACACAUACAUACAUAUGUUUGGAAACCGUUAAAAGCUAGGGGAAGUAAACGCGCGCGGUACUAUCAUCGUGUGCACGAGGAGGAAGUGGUUGGAAAAGGGGGUUAGAGGGGAAGGGUGGUUUUGGUUGAUUGGUUUCUUGUGGGACGUGCUGCUGGUAGUGGAGGAGGAGGUAGUGGAGGAAGACGUGGGAAGAGGGGAAAGGUUGAACGGACCCGAUGUUAACGGAGGUCAGGGAAGGAAACUUCGUUGGACGAUAAAGAUCUUAAGAAGAAGAGAAUUGAAGUUAAGGGGGAAACGAGAGGGAGUUGUUGGCGUGGGUGGUGCUGGUGGUUUGUGAGAAAGGUUAAAGGUGAUAGAAAACAAAAAGAAAAACAACAAAGAAAAGAAGAAAAAGUGGAGCUGGAGGAGAAGUAAAGUGGAGAAGAUAAAAAAGAAGAAGAGGAAGAAGAAGAGAAAAAAAAGGGAAUGCUUGAGAAGAAAAAUAGUCUGGCCGAUGGACGACGAGCUUUGUAGUAGUAGUCGUUGUCGUCGUAGUGGCUGCACGUUGCCGUCUCGAUACGGAGGGACGCUGAGAAAAUGGAGAAAAAAUCGUGAUCGGUGUUUACCAUAAAAGAGAAGGGAGGCGAGAGAGAGAGAGAGGAGGAGAAGUGGAGAGGAGAAAUGAACAACACAAACGGUAACGUAGGAUCUCAGGAGGGCGGCAAUGGGAACGAUUAUGGUGGUAGUAACGAAGAGACAGCCGCCCUUCUGAGUAGGGCACCACCCCCGCCGGUGGUGGUUGCCGCGGCGUCUCAGGGCAAGCCGGUGCUAACGCGACAGAAUAGGGCAACAUUUUUGGUUGCUUCACCGCAACUGUCAGUGUCUGGACUUGGCGGCUCCGAGGAGAGCGGCACCACCGAAGAUCCGGCUACAAGAUCGGUACCCGAUAUCGAAUUACACUGUCGAUUGGACGGUGAAUUUCAACAACAACAACAACAACAACAACAACAACAACAACAGCAACAACAACAACAACAACAACAACAGCAACAGCAGCAACAACAGCAGCAGCUGCAACAACAGCAACAAUUGCAACAAAUCGUACCACCUACCAUUUAUAGAUCAAGACAAGUGUCUCAUCAGUAUACUCGUUGCAGAUGCGAUCGAAGGGAUUCUUUAGCGCCCUCCUCGGCCCUUCACUUGGCUCGCAGUGUUUCGAGAGAAAGUGUGAAGAGUGGACAUCAUUGCUGUCCUUGCCAAGCACCACCACCACCAGUUUUGGUGACAACAUCACCAAGUGCACGAAUAAUAAGGCAAAGUUCUCAACCCGAGGCGUCGGCCUGCUGUUGUUCCGGAUGUUGUUGCAAUUUACACGCUGGAAUUGCACCAAGUGCUGCCUCUCUACGGCAACUACGCGAGCCAGGGGAUGGAAUAGCCGGCAUUGCUGCAGAUUCUUUGAGAAUCAAUGGCGGGAUACGACAAUUCCGGCAGUUUCCCUGGUGGUGCAAAUCGUCAUCGUCAUCGAUGGCGACAACGCCUCCACCGCCAACGGCUACGAUGCCCGCUUCCGGUUCUGGUUCCGGUACUCAGGGCGUCGUACUCUGUCCACGUACGCUGUCUCAGGUUCGAAGAUCACGACUAAGAAGAGCCCUCACCGAGGCUACCGCAGAGACCGUCAGCUACGUCAAGACGUUGCGGAAGCCAGUAUCGACACUCUCGAUUCCGGGAGCGAUGAAGAACAGCGGUGGAAGUGGUGGUGGUGGUGGUGGAGGUGUUGGAAGUGGAGUUGGUAGCAGUGGUGGAGCAGGAGGGGGUAUCGGUGGUACCGGUUGCGGAAGUGCAGGAGCUGCGAAUGCUGGCGAGGAUGCAGGAAUCGCACUCGUUGGCGUCCACAGCGAGUAUCCGCGUUACGUUGACGAUAGGGUACUGGGUGCUGGUGGCCCUAUGAAAGGACCAUCCGGUAGUAUCGGACCUGGCUCCAAACACAAACCCAACGUUGGUUAUCGUCUCGGAAGGCGGAAGGCACUUUUCGAGAAACGCAAACGCAUCAGCGAUUAUGCAUUAGUUAUGGGAAUGUUCGGGAUCAUUGUCAUGGUCAUCGAGAAUGAACUCUCCAGCGCCGGCGUUUACGGAAAGGCCUCGUUUUACUCGACAGCACUGAAAACCUUGAUCUCCGUGUCUACUGUGAUACUGCUUGGCCUCAUAUUUGCUUACCAUGCCUUAGAAGUUCAGUUGUUCAUGAUCGAUAACUGCGCUGACGAUUGGAGGAUCGCGAUGACCUGGCAAAGGAUAUCCCAAAUUUCGUUGGAAUUGUUGAUCUGUGCGAUCCAUCCGAUACCCGGGGAGUAUUAUUUCCUAUGGACGACCAAGUUGGCGAAUAAGGGUGGUGAUAUAGGUUCCAAAUGGGUGCCAUAUGACGUAACCCUUUCGCUACCGAUGUUCCUUAGACUCUACCUCAUCUGUCGAGUGAUGUUACUACAUUCGAAGCUUUUCACCGAUGCAUCAUCUCGCAGCAUUGGGGCCUUGAAUCGUAUUAACUUCAACACACGUUUCGUAUUGAAGACCCUUAUGACCAUUUGCCCGGGUACCGUCUUAUUGGUCUUCAUGGUCUCAUUAUGGAUCAUUGCAUCGUGGACGUUACGACAAUGCGAAAGGUUCCACGACGAAGAACAUGCGAAUCUUCUUAAUGCCAUGUGGUUGAUCGCCAUCACGUUUCUCAGCGUUGGUUUCGGUGACAUCGUACCGAACACGUAUUGCGGUCGAGGUAUAGCGGUUUCCACCGGAAUGAUGGGAGCAGGUUGUACGGCUUUGCUCGUCGCUGUUGUUUCCAGGAAACUGGAACUUACAAGGGCGGAGAAGCACGUUCACAACUUCAUGAUGGACACGCAGCUAACAAAAAGGCUGAAAAAUGCUGCAGCAAACGUAUUAAGAGAAACGUGGUUGAUCUAUAAACACACACGCCUAGUGAAACGCGUCAAUCCUGGUCGUGUUCGAACUCAUCAACGAAAAUUCCUAUUGGCUAUAUACGCACUGAGAAAAGUAAAAAUGGAUCAACGGAAGCUAAUGGACAACGCUAAUACGAUAACGGACAUGGCCAAGACGCAGAACACGGUCUACGAGAUAGUCUCGGAUAUGAGUACGCGACAGGACGGUCUAGAGGAACGGCUCGUGAGCGUGGAGGACCGUUUGGUAAACCUUGAGGAAAAACUGAGCACGUUGCAGAGCCAAUUGGAGAUGCUGCCGGAGGAGCUGACGCGGUGCCUAGCGCAACAUGCCGAGCGUAUGGAGCAGAGACGCAACUUCCUGCACCCGGACACGGCGGUGGCGAUGGCGUCUUCCGGUGGUGCCGGUGGUGGCGUCUCCGCCGGUAACAGCCUCGGUUUGGGGAUGUCCCAUGGCGUUUUGGCUAGCGGCAACGCCUCCGGUCAUCAUCCUUUGGCAAAUUUAUCAAACUCGCCAUCCCUUUUGCCGCACUCAAGAAGCGUGCCUAGUGGCCCGAGUGCACCCAGCGCGAUGUCCCUUCAUCCUUGGCCGGUGAGUCCGGUCCUACCAUCUGUCGCUAGUCGUACGCCUCACCUCGUCCCGGAAACUGGUCGACAUCACGGCCACUCGACUGUCGUUGCUACCAUCUCGAGCAGCACGCAUACGCCGGCAGCAGGGCUGACGGCUGCUACGACGACGACGAUGACAACGACGACAACGAUGACGUCGAUGAUGAGCACAACCUCGCAAUCGACCACUAGGCUAACCUCACAAGCCGGCAUGGGUGGACUCGGCAACAGCCAAGGCUCGGAUACGUCCGCGCACAGCUGAGUUUCAUCACUGCAGCCGCAGCAUUCUUACUAAACGGGGAUCCUUCGAGGCCUCCUCCCUCUCUAUCUCUCUCUCACACAUUCUCUCUCUCAUACUUUCUACCAAACGACGAUCACAUCGCAUUCUUUGAGAGAGAAAACCCCUAAAAUUUCCAACCUCAACGAAACAAUCCUGUUCCUCAUCCUCCUACUCCUCAUUCACGAUGGGUCCAAUCCUUUUACCGAUUGACGUUGCCUAUUCGCCUAAAUAAUGCAAAGGACGGAAAUGUUAUUAUCGAUUAAUUGAUUCGGAUCGAUCGAUCGAACAACCAACCAACCAACCAACCAACCGACCUUGCGAGAGACGACGAGAGUGCGGUUAUCGGUGGGGUGUACUGUGCUAACACAACGAGAAAGA